CUUAUCUCCCGCCAUCUUCCACUGAUCAAUGGCGCCCAACGAACAGAAGCAGGUCUUCCGCGUCGCCCUCCGCGGCGACGCGCUCCUCACCUCCCCGCGAUGGAACAAGGGCACGGCGUUCACGACGGAGGAAAGGCACGCGUUCGGGCUGACGGGGCGCCUGCCGUAUCGCGUGAACACGGUCGAGGAGCAGGUCGAGAGGGCGUACGAUCAGCUUUCGGGGCGGAGUGAUAUUGGGAAGAACUCGUUUCUGCAGAGUAUGAAGGCGCAGAAUUGGGUGCUAUACUACAGUUUGAUCGGCAAGCAUCUGCAUGAGCUGGUGCCGAUCAUAUAUACGCCGACGGAGGCAGAGGCGAUCUCGCAGUACUCGCACUUGUUCAGGCGGAGUGAGGGACUCUUCUUGACGUACCAUCACCGGGAUGCGAUGGAAGACGACUUCCUUGAGCAGGUAAAAGGGAGGGACAUUGACCUCAUUGUCUGCUCGGACGCGGAGGCGAUCCUGGGCAUUGGCGAUCAAGCCAUAUACACCCUCAUAGGUGGUAUCGAUCCCUCGAAGUGCCUUGCCGUCACCCUUGACGUUGGGACGGACAACGAGGAGUUGCUGGGCGAUAAGCUUUACGUUGGCUGGCCGCAUAAACGCGUCCGGGGGCAGGAGUAUGACGACUUCAUGGAAAGGUUCGUGCAGCUCGUGCGCAAGCAUCUGCCGCAUUGUCUGCUUCACUUCGAGGACUUCGGUGUCACGAAUGCGAACCGGCUCCUCGCACGAUAUAGGCAUACGCAUGCCGUGUUCAACGAUGAUAUUCAGGGAACCGGCGCGGUCACUCUCGCCACUCUGAUGGCAGCCGUCGGCGUCGCGAAGACUAAGUUGGGCGACCAGAAGGUCAUCAUCUACGGCGCAGGCUCCGCUGGCCUGGGCAUUGCACGCCAGCUGCGCGACGCCAUGGUUGCCACCGACGGCCUCUCAAAGGAAGAAGCCACCUCCCGCUUCUACCUCCUCGACCGCUUCGGCCUCGUCCGCAAAGGCCUUGCCGCCGAGCGCGUCCGCGAGGACCAGGCGGAGUUCGCGCGCGCCGAGGAAGAGUGGAACCCAGACUCCGAUACCGCAAUCUGCCUGCUCGAUGUCGUGAAGCGCGUGCAUCCGACGGUGCUCAUCGGCACGUCGACGCACGCGGGCGCGUUCACGAAGGAGGUGAUUGAGGAGAUGGCGAAGCAUGUGGAGCGGCCGAUCAUCUUUCCCUUGUCGAAUCCGAGCCGGUUGGUGGAGGUGCACCCGCACGAUGCGAACGAGUGGACGGGCGGGAAGGCACUGUUGGCGACGGGGAGCCCGUUCCCGCCGGCGAAGAUGCCGAGUGGGAAGGAUUAUAACAUCGCCGAAUGCAACAACGCCCUCGUCUACCCCGGCCUCGGCUUUGGUGCCAUGCUCGCCAAGUCCAAACGGGUCACCGACACCAUGAUCAUCGCCGGCGCGCAGCGCCUCGCCGCGCUCUCGCCCGCCCUCUCCGACCCCGACGACGCGCUGUUGCCUGAUUUUGGGGACGCGCCGGAUGUGAACUUUGAGGUGGGCGUCGCGGUGGCGGAGCAGGCGGUGGAGGAGGGGACGGCGGGGGUGGGGUGGGCGAAGGAGGAGGUGAGGGCGAGGGCGGAGGAGAAGAGGUGGCAGCCGGUGUAUGGGGAGUAUAUCUAUGAUCCGGAGGGGGAGAGGUAGGAAUAGGACUUGAACAGCGAAGUUUGAACAUGCAAUGUACCACUUUAUAGAAUAAUCAAAGACAACGGAAUACUGUA